AUGCUGGACACCCUGUAUAAGUCAUUUUGGGAUACUGAGUACUGGAUCCCCCCUGGGUACACAUGGGAUGACUUGGAAGAUUCAGAUGGCAUCAUAUAUCCUCAUCCCAAGGACCUGUGGGCAGCUAUUCCCCUGACAUUUGUCUUAACAGUCAUAAGAUAUGGCUUUGAAUGGUUCAUAGGGCUGCCCUUGAGCAGAGCCAUGGGUGUGCAUAGCCCUAUCCGGAUGAAGGCUAUUCCCAACCCCAUCCUGGAAUCAUUUUUCCGGACUCAUAGUAAGAAUCCCCAAAAGGAUAAACUGAAUUACCUGGCCAGCCACUGUGGCCUCUCUGUGAGGCAAGUCCAACGUUGGUUUCGACAUCGGAGAAACCAAGAGCGGCCAUUAAUUAGCAAGAAAUUCUCUGAAUCCUGUUGGAGAUUUUUAUUUUACUCCUCUUCUUUCUUUGGCGGCUUGUCCAUCUUCUGCAAUGAAACCUGGUUUUGGGACUUAGAAAUAGUCCUGAGAAAAUACCCUAAAUUGCCUCUACAUCCUGCCAUGUACUGGUGGUACCUUUUCGAGCUCAGCUUCUACCUCUCCUUAGUGUUCACUUUGUCCUUCGAUGUGAAGAGGAAGGACUUCAGGGAGCAGAUCAUCCACCAUUUUGUUACAAUCACUUUGAUCUCCUUCUCCUAUUGUGUCAACUUUGUUCACAUUGGUAGCCUGGUAUUGCUGCUCUAUGAUGUGUCAGAUGUCUUCAUGGAGAGCUAUAAGAUGUUCAGUUAUGCACAGUGGAGCCAAGCUCGGGACACGACAUUCAUCAUCUUUACCCUGGUGUUCCUGUUUUGCAGACUUAUUCUCUUCCCAAUCAAAGUCCUCUACGCAGUCUACCAUUUUGUUGUCACCAGAAACAUGUUCUUCUUUGGAUAUUAUUUUGCCAUUGGCCUCCUUCUAGUCCUGCAGUGUCUCAAUAUCUUCUGGGCUUUCCUCAUCCUCAAAAUGUUCUACAACUUUUUAUCAGAUGGUCAAGCGAAAAAUGAUGUGAGGAGUGACAUAGAGGAGCAGGAUACGAGUGAUGAGUAGUCAGCUUUGAAAGUAAAGCAAUGGAAGACUCCAGUCCAAUUAUGUCACAGAGAAUACAGCCUGGGGAAGUACAAGGGGCUAACCAAUUUGCCACUGAGCCUCUCCCAGUGGCAUAACCUAGUCCAGUUCAGUGAUGAUUCCUGGAUGACUAGUAUUCUCACUUCUGAAGAUUGAAUCACCCUGGAAAAUAUCUCAGACUCUGAUUGAGUGUGGAUUCCAUAAAACCUGUGCUGGACUGAGUUCUUUUAGUUUUGUCUCCCCAUGUCUAUCUAUCCCUCUGUUCCCACCUUCACUGAGAUAGAUGAAGAAGGAUGUAAUACCUCCACUGAAGAUUUUAUGGUGGGUUUAUUGACGUUUCUUUUGAACUGUCUCCCUGAAUCAUUGUCCUUGGACAUGGAUACUGAGAAUUGGCCCUCUGAAGAACAUGGGGAGGAGGAGGGGAAAGUGGGGAGAGACUUUUUAAAGUUCCCAUGUAGACCUUUUAAACUUCCCUAAGUAAUUUACUAUACCAUUCACCACAAAUUACCCAUAUAUUUUUAUGCCUCCUCAAACCAUCCAUCGCUCUCGUGGCUGGCAACCUUGCCUGAUACUGCACUGAGAAAAAGCAAUUUGAAUUCAAGCCCAUGCUGAACCCAAUUCUAUUGCUUUGUUGUACUACAAUAAACUCCUUUUAUCUUAA